CUUUAUAAACAGAGUUUAGUGAACGUUCUCUGAUCCCAGAUCAGUGCGAUUCAGACUGUUAUGGUUUCUAAAAUUUGUAAAAUGGAUCAGAGAAAGUCAGAGUCUGUUGGUGUGAGAGGAGGAGAUGAGAUCAAACCUCCAACAUCAGCACCAGCAGCAGUGAUGAAGAAGAAGAAGAAGAAGAAGAAGAAAGCAAUAGUGAUGAAAUGCAACAUCUGUCUGAAUCAGUACAAACCACAGAACCUGGAUAAACACAUGCACAGCCUCACACACCACGAGGCCAUUGAGAGACUUAAAGGCGGGGAGCAGACGCACAAGUGUUGGGCGUGUGAUGUGUCCCUGCCGGGUUUGGAGCAGUUCAGCAAACACAUUAAAUGUAACAAGCACAUCAGGAAGCUCAUGUCACUGAAGAAGCGCAGAGAGAGCGGCAUGACGGUGGAUUACAACAAUGACGAGCUAAAAGUUCUGUGUGCUCAGAGAGAUCACAACCGCAUGAUGGUCAAAAAGCAGAAGAAUAAAGAGAAGCUGAAUAAAAAGAGAGAAAGAAAAGCAGCAAAGAUGCACCAAGGAUUUUAUCAAAAGACACAGACGAAAGCUUUCGGCUCUCCCGGAUCACAGGCAGUGAAAUCGACAUCGACCGACAACAAAUGUGUCGCCUUUCCACUCAAUAAUGAAAACAAAGCAGGAAUGAUGAACGCAGAAGCUGGUCCUCUGUCUCAAAGCGAAUCCCAGGCUGAAUAUCAUCAUUGUCAGCCGCCAAAGUCCGUCACCCAGUUCAAGAAGGAGGAUGUGGACUUUGCAGGUGAUGAGUUUGUUCAGUCGUACAUCUUUUCUUCCUGUGCUGAAGACCGAUCGCAGCAGAACAGAGAGCAGGAUAAAGUUGUGCUUGGUCAGAAGAGAUUGUGUAAUGUCAACACCUUUGAUUCUCCAUCCAUGAAGAAGCAAUGUACAAGAGAUGUUCCAUUCAUGAAGGCCAGAUUCAUGAAGAUGUCUGCUUGUGCUGGAGAAGUUGGGCGCAUGAAUCCGCCUGCGUCCGCUGCUGCACCGCUUACUGCUCCAGGACGAGAUCACUUAUCCAUAUGGCUGAAAAACAUCCGGAAGUCUCUGAACAUGGAGCGUCCACAUGUCGGUUCUUCCAAAGAUCCCGAUCCUGAGCUCAGACCUGAAACCACGCUUUCUGACAUCCCACGUUUCUCCUCAAAGCCUCCACAGAUGUCCAGAAAGAGUCAGAAAUGUGAAGCGCAAGCAUGCAAAACCCAGAGAACGUCAUCGCUAAGCAAACAGGAGGACAUCCUUCUAACCUCCACAGGAGCAGAACCACAGGAGACAGCAGAAACCAGCCAGACCAGGAACGUCCUCCCGACCUUGUUGAACCGAUCGGUCGGCAAAACGGAAGCCAGCAAACCCAACCUGAAGGUGGCGCGAGGAAUCCGAACAUCUCAGAAGCCUUGCCAAGCCGCCAAGACGCAGGUGCUGAAGCCGGCACUGCAGAAGCUCAUCAGCUCGAAGAGCUCGCAGUGGCGUGUCAACUGGAAGGAGAUGUAUCAGGAAGCCACUCACAGGAAGCUGCAGAGAGAGAAGGGUUUGCCCAGGUUCGGGAUCGAGCUUGUGUCUCCGUUACCUCCUGAUCCACAAGAAGGAGACCUUGAGCCCUUGGAGCUAGACGAAGGCUUCCAUUGGGCGUCCAUAGAGUGCGACGCCGUAACUCUACCUUGCUCCGUUGGUUGCUCGAGCGAAGACGCGGAGAGACGUGACCUCAAGAUCUCAAGCACAAAUCGCACCUCGUGGACAACAGAAGAGAAAAGAACAGACAUUGGAGAGAAUCCCAGCACCUCAGGGACGAGCAGAUCUUCUGAGCUUGUUGCCGAUCGGCUGGAAAACGGUGACCCCGAUGACGACAUCGCCUCAAAAACCCGGGAUUUAGUGAGACGGCAGAACGCGACACCAAUAGAAAGCGUAGUUUGCGUAAAGACAGAGAAGAUGUCUGAUUAUUCUACAGAACCGACGCUGGAAACAACUGACCGGGACAGAAUCCCGCUCGUCCCUAAUGCACAAACACAAAUAAAAGAGGAAAUACAAGAUUUUCCCCUCACUGAUACUCCAAAAAGUCAGGUGAAUGAGCUGUUAGUCAUGUCUCUCAGAGAGGUGGAGUUGUGCAGCUCUCUGGAGGACGUAGACAGUCGACUGCUCCGAGCUGAAGCUGCUCUACAAACCGCCUUCAUGGAAGUUCAGCGCCUUCAAAUGAUCAAACAGCAGGUAACUGCAGAGAUGUCGUCCCUCAGAGGCAAACGAAUAAAAAUCCUGAAUAGAAUAAGAGAUUCCCGACGUGACCAAUCACCAGAUGCAGAUUCUCCUGGUUCUGCAGCAUCAGGUCCCAGCGCUUGAUCGGUUUUCUUUUCGCACUGAUUUAAUCUCCUAGAUUUUUCUCCAUUCUUUAAGUCAAUAAAGAAAU